CAGUGAGCGUCAGUGUGGAUCGGGCAACGGAGCCAGGCAGUAUGUGACAUAGGAAGACGUCGAUUUUACAGUCGACGAGGUGCGUUGUCAUAUUUGCGACGAGGGAAGCUCUCUGGAACGGACGUGAGUGGACUGGACCAGCAGGUUUAGAGCUAGACUCGCUCUCAAGGUAGAAAAGCGCUUUCUGUUUAGGGAGUUGCUAGCUGGCAACUUCGCCAGUGGCCGAGGACGCUUGAACCUCCGACUCAGCUGACGGCGCGUACAUGUUUGCGAAGUGGUCAAGCGUCCGCGGGUAAGAAGGACCCUAGCAACCCUGUGACGCCAUAAAAUGACCAUGGAUCACAUGUUAUCUUUGAGCACACAAAAUCCAUUAUCGAUCUUAGUGCAGUUCGGCAUAAUGGCAUGGAACAACACCUGUGGAAAUGAAAAUUGUUCCGGUCAUGGAGAGUGCCAUAAUGGGACUUGUCUAUGUGAGAUCCAAUUCGACGGAUCGGAGUGCCACGUCCCUAAUUUCAGUUAUUACAUCGCCUUUGCCAGCAUGUUCUUCAUUCUGGCAUUUGUUUGUCUUACACAGCUGGUAAUGUGUAUCGUCGCCGAGUGGCAAAAAAUGAAGGCUCCUUCGUUUCUACGGGCCUGCAGAGUGACGACCCAAAAAGUACUCUACUUUGUUGUGUUCCUCGCCUCCAUUAUCCGAGGAGCUUACUUUACCUCUCCAACUGCUUUCAAAGGGGGAUGGUCUAGAAGUUUGCUGUCUGCGUACUAUCCAUUUCUUUUGAGUGGUUCAUCCUUGAUCGUGUGCUUCUGGGCUGAAGUGUUUCACCUAAGAGAUAUCCGAUGGGACAAGCCUCAAUUCUUGUCGAAGACCUUCUUAGCUUUCGUUAUCUUCAACUUUAUGACCUACUCGGUUCUGCUGGCAGAAUUUAUCAUAACGCAGACAAACUCACAGGAGGACCAGAGUUUUUACACCCACAUCUUCAAUGGCUGCUAUGCGGUGCUUCUCUUCAUUGUCGUCGUCUUCUUCUUGAUCUAUGGUGUCGAAGUAUUCUUCAAGGUUCGUGGGGGUUUCUUGAACGAACAUCAAGUAACAUCCAUCGCUACGAGCAAACGAACUCCGAAUGACUCCAAAUCACACGAGGAAGAUCCAGUGACGGCGAAAUUAUUCGAACCUAUACCAACCACCUCCAACGCGCCAAUCGACAUAAGACAACAAGUGGACACUUCGCAGCUCCACCAGUCAAGGUUCGGAUUGCUGUUCCAGGCUUUCAUGAUGUUCAUCAUCGUGGGAUUCCUGUUCAGCGAAACUCUCAGCGAAUUUUGGAAAACAAAAGUACCACUGUACAGCAGAAACUGGCACGACGUAGUUUUCCGAGUCAUCGAAGUUGGUGUUGCCUUAUGGUUCCCCUGUGUAUUGUGGAAUUGCAUGAGCCCCGAACAACUGUGGAUCCUCAACCCGAAGAAGCUCCUGAAGAAGUUGGACCUAGAGCAUCCAAAGCCCUUGAAGGAGGUGGAGCUGCAAGAAAAAAAUGGAAGUUCAUCAGUCACCGAUGGAACGUCAAUUAGCAGCAAGGAUUGCUGGAUCUGUUACGACAGCGAAAGACAUGAUGCCGGAGCGUUGAUUCAACCUUGCCAAUGCAGAGGAGACGUCAGCGCGGUCCAUCACGAUUGUUUGCGUCGCUGGCUUGUCGAGAGCUCCAUGAAUGCCGAUAGCCUCGCCUGCAAAGUCUGCGGGUCAAAGUACAACGUGGAACACGCGACCAGGCUCGACUGGCAGAACAGUUUGACGUUUCGACACUGUCUACAGACCAUUGCUAUUGUCACGACCAUGUGCGGCUCGUCCGCCGCCGCGUGGGUGCUCAUUCAACUUGUGGAGGGACCGAUAAUUCGAAUGCUGGCCGCUGGGGCGGCUCUGUUGGUCAUGUACGUCUGCAUAAGGUUCUUGAGCUUGAACACGGUCGUGGCCUAUCAGCGUGCCAAAAUUUCAUCGGUGAACAUCGUAGAGUCUGACGGUAGCUCCACUAGCCAGGUGAAUACAAUCAGUCACACGAUUUCGGUAGACGUGGCGAAAACCGAGAGAGUAGCCAUUUAGGCAGGACGGCUGCCCAGUCGAAACCAUUUUCGAUACCAUAAAAUAACUAAUGUUUAAGAGGGCGGAGGAGUGAUAUUCUAUUCAACGAUCGACUCAGCCGGUAAAAAUGAAAGAGAACCCUGAAAUCGAGAAGGCAGACAUGCAAAAGAUACCUCAACCGAGGUAACUGCAUCGGAGAGCAACAGGAAUCUGACGGGUGUAACUCUAACCUCAAUACAUCGCGACUAUUAGAGUGAACCUCCUAACCUCUUUGGAGUACUGCACAUCGGACACGUAUGUAAACCAUGAAGUAACAUCGAACUCCUACUUCCAUGUAAAAGUAACCCCAUAUUUUGUUGCCAAGUUAGCCAAUAGUAACAUUAGCGACUCUUGUGAAUAAUUUCAAUGUUUAUACAUUUUUCACAAAAGGCCAUCAUGAUGUCAUCUAAUAAAUACUUAAACUAUUUUACGUAACAAUUAGGUAAAACACCUUGAAAAUUAAACGACGAACAUUUCAAUUAAAAAAAAAAAAAAAAAAGACAAACGAAGAGUCAUGUUAGGACAAGAGCCAAAAGGAUUCUAAGCUUCAACAUUCCAGUUUUCCGUACAUUCCACGGAAAACUAUGCAUUUUUUAGAAUCAAGCCAAAAAGCUACACCUCUUUCUUCGUUUAAUGGGAAACCCAAUUUAUCGUAACUUUUGUACCUUGAUCUCUCGUCUCUGAUUUGUUUUGUUUGUAACAUAUUUGUUAUUACAAUUCUUUGUAAUGUAUGUUCAAAUUAUGAUAUUAAGUUGACGGGUAAAAGGAGGUUAUGUUUAUUAUCAUCUAGAAACAGAAUCAUGAAGUGCAAAAGUAAAAUAGAAAUUCUCGUAAUUUACAUUGCAUAUGAGUCUCGUGACAUAAAGUACCGAAUUUACUGCAAAGAGAAAAACUACGUAAAAUAGUAAUAUAGUAUUAAAACAAAAAAACUAUGUAAAAUAGUAAUUUAGUAUUAAAAAAAACAAUGUAAAUUACCAAGGGUAUUUUAUUUUAUCCAACCCUGAAAUUGACUAACCUGGCAUGAAAACAUGGGGUCAGAAUUUUCUGAAAAGAUCCAUGAAACGGAAGCCCCUUAUGUUACUUCAUGACGUAGACGUUCAAUUCGGAGAAUUAUAUUAGACUGACUGCAUCGGCAUGUCGUUGCCGAUACAGACAUUUAGGGUACUUUUUCACUUUCGGUAUUGCUGUAAAAUUGCAUACAGCAAAACACUUUGAUUGUUUAAAAAUAGGUUAAUAUCAUGAAGGACAUUUACAUAUGUUACCUUACAUAAAGUACAAGGACAGUUACGUAUGUUACACCAAUUGUGUAAACUAUUGAUGUGAAACGUGUAAACGCCGUUUAACGCCGUUGUUACCGGUAAAGUCAGAGUAAAACUACGUUAACACGAUAUUUAACGCCAGAUUUAUAAAACCGGUGUGGGACAGAAUGUGUAAAUAUACCGUUGAAUGAUUCGGAAAGAAUAGGGAGACUAUCGGAGCAUUUUGUUGAAUGAAAUUUUGCAGCAAUGCACGUGAAAAUGUACCUUUAAGCUUACAAUGUAAGCUUGCCACCCGGUGAAGAAAUGUAAGCCGAUCGGUGUUGUCAAUCGAGAAGUUGCAAAAAAUUAUCGUCGGAUUCUAACCUAACAAACUACUCCGAUCUUUUGUACGCCGCUCGGUCUGGCGAAUGCAGUGUUAAUCGUAAUGGAAUAACCGCUAAGGUUAAGGUGGUACUCUUAAUGUAAAAUCGCCAACAUACCAAAUACCAGUGUAGAAAGUAUAUAACAUACUGCGAAAGGAAUCAUAUAAGAGAAGUCUAAUCGAAGUUUAUAAUUGGAGAGAACGACAAAGAAGGGUAAUCGGCUGGCUAAUAGUUUACGAUAGAGAGUACAUAUUUUAGAUGUUGGCUGCCAAUUUGUAAUCAAUUGUUGCAACCGUUUUAGAACUGUCAGAGGACCCAUUUAAUGUUAUUCUUUUAUUAAGUUUAAGAGAAGAGAGAAAGAAAAGGGAAAAACGUUACGAGCUGUCCUAGCUGCAGCAGUUUUGUGGUUCUUUAGUGGCCCAAAGUCUUUUCAUUCGGCGGAAUCGACGCCUCUAUAUUUAUAUUUAGAUAGAUAUAUAUAUAAAGCACACUGAUAGAAAUGCCCAUGUAAAUUUACAUACUCAAUCAUUGGUUAUAUCGAUGCCACGAUAGAUUGCAAUAAAGGUGCACCGUAUCUCUGUAAUAUCACAUUCAAUGUCUGAGUUAAAUUAAUCAAGAUUAUAAUGUAACGUUACAUUAAAUUCUAGUGGAAAUGCACUAAUACGGUUAAUGUACAAUGUUAGGUGUGUUUAUAUAUUUUUCUAAUUUGUAAUCAGACGAUUUUGGGUUUUCCCAUGCGAAAGCUUAUGUUACGAAGUGUGUAAAACUGUAUGUAAAUGUUCAUAGAUUUUUAUCAGUGCGGGCGACCGUUCUCCAUAAUUUGCCAUAAUAUUGUAUAUAUACCCAGAUAGACAAAGUGAUGGAAAAUUUUCAUGAAAUUUGCCUCAUACCAUGAUCAUGAAUUUCUAUCUGGGAUAUGUUUCGUGUCCGCACGAGAGUUAAAAAAAAAAAUUACACACUAAAACUUAUAUAUAUUUUUUCUUUUUCAACGCUUGGAGAGCUCUUACAUAUGGUACAGGCAGCCCUUUAUAUAUCGUGUACAUAGCGUAGCAUUAGUGGCAUAUUAUUAUCGUGUCACACUUUUUUUUACGUAAACUGUACGUAUGGAUUAAGAGUCGGGAGGAUAUGCGUUAACGGGUGUACAAGAGGUAUUGUUUAUGUUCUUAAUUUAUAUAAGAUAUUCUGGCCUCGAGCAGCUGUAUCGGUGAGAAUGUAGACGUAGUAUUAACCAUAGAGAACUGUACGUUUGAAAGGACGUUAAAGGAUAAGAGAUUGUUUAAUUUCAAGCAUUAUUCCCUACAUGUACCGUCGUACAACGCUCGUUCACGUCUUGGGAGGAGAUUGCUUUUCCUUUUUUUUUUUUUUUUCAUAUAUAUCGACGAAGUGUAACAAUUGUUUGCCUUGUUUAUGUUGUGUACAAUGGCGGACAUGAAUGCCUCCCCUGCAGACACGACAUCGCCUGUGCAGGAUGGGAGGCAUUGAUGUCUCCCAGUGGACUCUGUAUGAACAAGAGGCGAAGAGUCUAAUAAUAGGACGAUGAGCGUUUCUUCAAUCUCGAGAUAUGUUAUCAAACUACUACCGUCAAACUGUAUAUAGAGAAACCGUAGGACGCUACGAGGGAAUAUAGUGAUAAGCUGUGAUAAUACGGGAGUGUGUGAAACCUGACGGUGUUGUCCCCAAAAUAAAAUCGACAAGCAAUA